UGGCUAUUAACCGAAAAAACAUUUGGCGAUAUUUGGCUAUUUUUCGAGAAACUUUGAUGUUAGUUUAAGUGGUGAAGCGCGUGAUGGUUUGGUUCGAAAGUUUAAUUGAUGGUUUAUAGAAAUAUAAGUAAAGUAGAAAAUGAGCGACAAAAACAAACUAUUAUUAGAAACUAAGCAAAUUGUUCGUUCGAUUUUAAUUUCCUGCCCAUCGAAGAUCAGCAUUGGACAGUUAUGUAAGGAUUAUCGUGAUUUAAACGGGAGAACGCUUCCUUAUACUGAGUUAGGUUAUAAGACUGCCGAAGAUUUCGUUAAAAGCUUGAAUGAUGUAGUUCGUAUGGAAUGGAUGCCUGACAUGAACGAAUAUGGAUUAGGAGUAGUAGCUGAUGCUUCCACUAAACAUAUCGAAAAAAUGGUUAAAAGACAGAAGAAAAAUACAAAAAAGCGUCAUGUUGUAAAGAAAAAGAAUGUUGCUCCACCACGUUACCAAGCGCAUUGUAAAAGUGUUGCUCCAUCGUUGAAUGCUAAUACCUUGAAGCCAAAGCCUGUUACAAAGAUUGCAUCGAAGGUUACUAAAUCAAAAACUACCAAACCGAAAGGUAGCAAACCAAAAGAAUACCCAAAAGAUUGUCUUUUGGACAUAAAUGUAAGAUUUGCUCCAAAUUUUUGUGAUAACAUUAAGAAAACUUUAAGAAAAGAAUUAAGCAAUAUGUUUCCAGUUAAGUUAAAAACCAAGAUUGUAGAAUUAUUACAUCAUUUAGGAGGAAGUAUUGAUUUAAGAAAUUUUUCGUAUGCUUUCAAAGAAUAUUUUGGAAGUGAUUUUCCUGUUGAAAAUUUGGGGUUCCGCUCAUUGACUGAAUGUUUAAUGUAUAUUCCCGAUAUUGUUAAGUUGGAAUGUAUUGGUUCUUAUUAUUUUGUAAAACUUAACCCAAAUAUUUGCAAACCAACUGUUGCUACUAAUAAUAGUUUGCAUAAAAAAUCCAAUUCUGAACUUUCGGAACCGACUCCAAAUACUGAGAAUUUCAAUUUGAAGCCCAACUUCGAUUUUAGGAUUAAUAAUAGUAAAACUGGAAAUCUCGAUACACGAGAAAAUUGUAAUAAAAAAAUUAACGAAAAUACAGUUUCUACAUUAAAAGUUUUUGAUAUUUUAAGACUCAAAGCUGCAAAUAGCAGUGCUUUUCAAAAUUCAGAUCGGAAAGAAAUUGACAAUUUAGAAAGUUUGAAACAAAAUGUUGGUUCUUCAAUAAAUAAAACUAAAUUAUUUGAUAAUAUACAAAGUAGUGUGGAAAAAGUAAAUAAAUUGUACAAUUUUCACAAAACAUUACCAAAUGAGAUUAAAAAGGAGUUCCAACAAGUUUUAUCUUCUCAUUCUGGAAUUUUAGCAUCUAAAUUUCUCAGUGAAUAUUUUAAAUUCACUGGAAAAUGCUUUAAAUUAUCUGACUAUAACUUUUUUGAUAUUAUGGAAUUAGUUUUUGCUUUUCCUGAGAUAUUUAAAGUUAUUUCUUUACAUAAUGAAAAAAAUGAUUGGUUAUUAUAUGCUUGCGAUGAGUAUGAGCCAAAAAAUUGCCAUAAAUCAAAUUGUUUAAUUGAAUGUUCUCAGGAUUAUACAGACAAUUCAACUUUUGAUAGCUCUCUGAAAGAAAAUAUAAUAAAUUUGAUAAAAUAUUUAAAGAAGAUUUCUUCAGAUGAUUUUGAAAAGAUUUACAAAAAUAAAUUCCAAAGUGAACUUCCAUUGGCAAGAUUCGGCUGUGAUAAUAUAGAAUCUUUUAUCUUUGAAUUAUCUAAUAGUCUACCAAUUGAAUUGUCAUUUGAAGGAUCUACUUUAUUCAUUUCUUUAUGUUCAGAUUAUCCAUGUACAGAAACUAUAAAUCCUUAUAUUCCAGAAUUAAUGAAUGGAAUUCCUCAAGAUUCAGUAAUUCCAGGUGAUAAAUACACAUUACAAUCUCUUCCUGAGAAAUUAACAGAUUUUAUAUCAAUUUCUGUGUGUGAUAUUGAUAGCCCUGAUCAAUUUUGGAUUCAACUUAAAGGAAAAACAACUUCUGAAAGUUUAAAAACACUUAUGGAAAAUCUUCAGGUAACAUAUAAUAAUAAAAAAAAUGAUAAAUACCAGAUGCCAGAUGAUUUUGUUGCAGAACAUAAUGUAUGUGCUGUAUUGUGGUCUUUCAAUAACACUUGGCAUCGUGGGAUCAUAACCAAAGUCCUUCAUAAAGAUCAGGUUGAAGUAUUUUAUGUAGAUUAUGGUACAAAAUGCAAGGUAUCAAAAAGAUCUCUGAGACUAUUAAAAAAAGAAUUUUUGAGCUUACCAUCUCAAGCCCUUAAAGGAAGAUUAUCUUAUGUUCAGCCUAUCAGUGGAAUACACUGGAGUGAAAAAGCAAAAAUUAGAUUUUCAGAAUUGUGCAUGGAUAAAGAAUUAGUAGCACUAGUAACUAACACUCACUUUGAAGACAGAAUAUCUAUUUUUCUAUGCAAUAUAACAAAUAAUCAGAAUAUAAACAUAAAUGAUAUUUUAAUUGAAGAAAAUUUAGCUCUUCCAUCUCUUGAUCUUACAAAUUCUAGUUGUACUGCUGAAAAUUUUAAAACAGCAGAUGUGUAUGAAGAAAAUGAAUCUUAUCAGUUGUGUGAUGCAAACGAAGAAUUUGAUUUUAAUAUUACUAAAUUGUUUCUUACAGAAAAUAAUGAUAUUCAUGUCAUUGUUCUAAAUCAGAAACCAUUUAUAUCCAAUGGAGAUAUAGCUUCAUUGUUUCAAAAGUCAGAAGGAUUAGAGAAAGCACUUUUGGCAAAGAAAGCUCUAAUUCCUUACAUAAUUCUUGAAAGAUCUGAUAAUGAAAGAUUAUUUAUGGAAUUAAAACGAAAUAAAGUGAGAGGAAUCAAAGAACCUUGGAAUAGUAUUACUAUUUAUCCUUUUGAAAGUAUAAUUAAUAUUUUAAUUUGUUUACAACAUCCAUCUCAAAGUCUAAUGAAUGAAAUUGAAAAAAAAAUAAAGGAAUUUAAGAAUAAUAUUGAUAACACACAGAUAAAUGAAUUAAAAGAAAUUAUUUAUUAUGAAGACAAGAAAAGAAAAGAUAUUAUUCAAAAAAUGUUGGAUAAUGGUGUUUGUGAAGAAUAUGUUGAAGAAGUACAACGUAUUGAACAAAGAAUUCACUUAAUUACAUUGAAAAUAAAAGACUUAAAAAAAAGGCUUUCCUUAUAACUUUUAUUGAAAUUAAUUUUGAUUUAAAAAAAUUCAAAAAUAGUUAUUACUAUUGUUUUUUUUUUUUUAGAUAGUACAAGAAUCAGUAUGUCUUAUAUCAAGAUAUUUAAAGUGUUUUCGACGAAUAUUCAAAUAAUAUAUUUAUCAAAAUAGUUAUUAUUAAUUUAGAAUUUUUUUAAUUAAAUGUUUUUUCAACAGUUUUGUUAAAACAGAAAUAAAUGAAACAAUAUUUGUAUUUAAAAACUAUUAUUUGGAUUUAAAGUUUAUUGGAUCAGAACUGAUCUUUUUGAAUAAAAGUGCCUUAAUGUAUAAAUACUGCUUUCUGAAAUACUGUUAACAAAUCUUUCAUAUCAAUUUUAAUUCCAUUUAUUCAGCAUUUUCGGUUUUUUAAUAUCAAUAGUUUAUAAGUACAAUAAUAAAAGAUGUAUGAUUGAUUUUGAACAAUAAA